AUGGAGGGGUCUGUUGGGGGUGUUUUGCAGCGGUUUAGGCUGCUGCUGGUGGUGGUGUUUAUGUGUGUAUUAGUAGCAGCAGCGCCGUAUUGUAGGGGCGCGGCGGUGGGGGAGUCGGCUCCGGAGACGGUGGAGGCGGCAUUGGAGAGCCCUUCCGCAAUAGCAGAAGCUGGUGCAGCAGCAGCAGCAGCCACACACUCAUCACCAACAGCUAGUAUGGGACCCCGCCACCGCGAUUCAACGGCUUCUAUUCGGCCCCGGUCUCGGCGUUCUUCGCGAUCGGCUGCUUCAGUGAACCGUUCCCACGCUAGCUCUGGGCGCAGGGGAGGCAGCUCACGCAGCAGCCGCAGCAGCAGCCGCAGCAGCAGCAACCGCGGCGACCAGUGGCUGCCGUCGGCUGCAGGGUAUGCCAGCACUGCGCUGCUGGGGCUGCUGAUUGCCUAUGUUCUGCUGGCUGAGCGGCGGACUGCAGCGGCAACAGCUGCCCAUGAGAAGGAGUUGGAACAGGGUUUGGUGGCAGCGGAGAGCAGGAAAGCUGCUGAGUAUGCAAUAGAGAGGGAGAAGGAAUUCUGCGCAGCAACAGCAAGGGAGUUGGAGCACCUUAGAAUAGAGAUGCUACAGACGAGCGAGCUGCUGCUGCAGCUAGAAGAACGUCGAGAUACCGUUGUGGCUAAGGCAGCAGCAAAGGCAGCCGAAUCCAAGGCACAUGAAUCCAAGGAACUCGAGGCGCUGCGCAAGCGGGUGCAGGCAGCGCUGGCUGCUAACUACGAGGCGCAUGUAAGCCUGGAUGUAGCGCAGUUACUGUGGGGCGUUGCAGAUGAUGCUGCAGCAGCAGAUCUGCUGCAGCAGCUGCAGCAGGAAAGCAGCAUGCUAGAUGCAGAAGAAACCAGACUACAGACUGCACUACAAACGCUGAAGCAGUCCGAAUCAGUGGAAAGCGUUCUUGCUAGCAAGCAGAAACAGCUCGAUGAGUUAACGGAGCUGCUAAAAGGUAGCAAGGAGGAGCUAGAUAAGCUGAAGGCAGAAACCGCAGCUCAGCAACCAGAGGCUCUUGCAGCGGAGGACGCUGCUGUGUCUGCUGCGGUGCAGCAGCUGGAGGCGGAGCUGCAGCAGCUGCUGCAGAAGCAGAAGCAGGAGCGCAAAUCUCCUGCGAAUCAGCAGCAGCUAAUGGAGGAGGUGCAGAAGGCUCAAGAAGAGAAGCAGCAACUACAGCAGGAGUUAGAGGAACUCACAAUUGCCCCGACAAUGUACAAAGUAAGAGACAGGGCCCUGGAGGAAGCAGCUGCUGUGCUAAAGGAGAACAUGGACUUUCUUAACCGCGUCGUUACUCCUAGACCCUCUGUUAUCAAGAACCCCUCUUAUAUUGAGCACGAGAAGAAUAUGUACCCGGAGGAGAUGGAGUUGCUGCUGUCACGGCAAGAGCUGCUGCGGCUAGAAACUAGAGAGAGGACUUUAGAGGCGGAGGCAUUAUUGCUUGAACAGGGGACGGCAGAGGAGGUUCAGGUAGCGCAUGCCCUCUGUCGUCUAUUAAGAGCAAAGGCAACAGCAUCAGCAGAGGAACUCCAGUUUAAGGGAAGCAGCGGUGCCGCGUUAGCCGAGCAGCUGCUCCAGACUAUCGAGACCGCUACCGCUGCUGCUGGUGCUGCUGCUCCUGCGGGUAAUGCUGAAGAUGCCGGUGCAGCCGCUACAACUGCUGCUGCGAUCCCAGGCCCGCAAGAGGUGUUGGUGCAGGAAGCGGAGGCCGCUGCUGCUAGGCUUGAGCCAGAAUCGGUGCGACAGGCUCGUGCGGUGCUAGCAGCAGCAGAACAGGACUUAGAAGAUAAGGCAACGGCAGAAAGAUCAGUUGCUGCUGAGUUGGAUUGGCUAGGCCGAGUAAUUCCCGAGGUGCAGGAGCGGGUAGAAGAAGAUUUCCGUGCUGUCGACUUGCUGCGGCAAACAAUAGCGAGGCGCACAAGCGACCCUCAGGGUUUUGCGUUUGCCGCUGUUGAAGACCGCGCUCGAAAGGCAGAUAACCGCGUAAGGCUAAUGCGGAUGAUAAAGAGCUGCCACUCGGACUUCUCGGCGGAUAUGUUUAAGCAAGUGGAUGAGAGUGCGGACCCUCAGCAAUUGUGGGUCUACCAUCUCGAGAGGACUGCAGAUGAGUACGUGGUAGGAGCACAGGAGCUGAUGGAGCUAUAUAGUGAGAUGCGGCUAUCCAGUGGGGAAGCAGGAAACGCCUUUUGGAAGCUCCGUCUGGAGGAGGGGUUGCAAGAGCUGCCACUGGGUGUAUUGAUGGAGAAGGUGGUUGAGGGCCCUUCAGGCGAGCUGCAACAGCAGUAUACAAACAGCCGAUAUGACGAAGUGCAAACCGAGUUAGUUGUUCUUAAGCAGCAGAGAAGAACAUACCUCCAGAACCGCGAAGAGGUUAAACAGGGACUGGCCUUCAUUGCCGCCGCCAACUACUGGGAAAACGACCUCCCGAAGUCAUUAAUAAACGCGCAUGCUUACCUUAUCCGGUUAUCGGAGGCAAUUAAAUACUUGGAUGAGAGGCAGCGGCGGCUGGAGCGGAUCACAAAGGAGCAAAUUAGGGACGAGGUGAGCGCGAGCUUCUUGAAUGCCCUGUGGGAGGCAUUCAGAAGACAGAAGGACUAUGAAAAGGAUGCAACGGUAAUCGAAAAAGUGCAUGAAGCCAAUAUGGAGGCCCUCGCAGAGUCAGAAAGACAAAGCCAAGAUACGCUCUCACGCGCAGACAAACGUGAGGCAGAACUCUGCCCUACUGUUAACCGCCUCUCCCUCCCUCUAGUGCUGCCGCCUCCAGCACGCAGUGACUCUGGAAAGACCGCAGAAGAAAAAGAAGAAGAAGUAAUGACAGAAAUUCCAGGUGCACAACGUGUCCGAGCCUUCGAUGAACUCGUUGGUCUCACCCUCCCCAAUGUCAUGAAGCUUAGGAAGAAGUCUUCCAAGUCGGAUAGCAAACCGUCCAAAACACAGAGACGCGUGUAA